AUGGACGAAAUAUUAUCACAGUUUAGGACUACGGCCCUCAACCCUGAUAGUGAAGAAACCAGAGGAUUCGAGGGCCUAUAUAAAAACUGGGGAAAGUUGGGACACCAAGAACAAAGACGUAAAGAUACUCUAGAAGUUCAAAGAAGCAGCAAUCGCAAUUCAAAGUUAGACACAUGUCGAGGAAUAUUGGAUAUGGUGAAUGAGGUGGAACAACAAGAAGAAACUCGUAAGGUCCAUGGCGAGUUAGUCCAUCACCGGGGUAACAGGAGGGCGAAUCAAGCAAAAUACAGACCGAACAUCUAUGUGGCUGGGUUUACAAAAUCCUCAACAACAUAUAAAAAUGUGCUAAUGAUGUCCGAGUGGAUGAUUGAGAAACCUGAAGAUUUUAAUGAAAACUGGUUUGUGAUACCUUGUCCUAAAGGAAUGAGGACAUUACUGGUUGCCUGUAAUGGUAAUACAAAGUUUUACACCAAACACGGAACCUUUAGAAGUGCAUGCCAUACAGCUUUACCAGGCGGUAAUCCCUUGGAUCCUAAUUCCAGUACCCGAUGUGUGGUAUUAGAUUGCUUUCAUGUGGAAUCCACUAACACUAUGUAUGUUUUGGAUUUGCUGGCAUGGAAUAACCAGCCAAUGUCUGAUGGCGAGACAGAAUUCCGACAUUUUUGGAUGAAGACUCAUAUUGAAGAUAUACCCGAUUUGAAAACAAUUAAUCCCAAGAAUAAAAUCAUUUUUGACAUCUUACCCAAGAUAGAUUGUACACGAGAAUCCUUUAACAAAUUUAUGAUGACUUUGCCACUGUUCAAAAAUGAUACGCCCGCUCUGGAUGGUCUACUAUUUUAUCACAAACUUGCUCAUUACACAUCCGGUGUAACUCCGCUGGUUGGAUGGCUCUAUCCUUUCAUGGUUAAUGAAGUAUUGGGAACAGAAAUCACAGUCAAUCCUGGAUAUCUAGUUGGCCGGCCAAUUGGUUAUGUUAACCAAGCUCGUUUUAUACAAGAAUUUGAAGGUAAAAUAGAACAAAGGGGACCAGGGUUUAGCAAAAAUGCCAACUCCAUGGACGUUACUUCGGAAGGUGAUGAGACAAGGCUUCAGAAGAAAGGACGUCAUCGUAAACAUGUUGGUAUUUAA